AUCAACGUGCGAAGGAGGAGAGGACAAUCGUGCGAAGAAGAGGGCAAUCGUGCGAAGAAAGAUGGAAGGUGUGCAGGGGAAAUUGCGAACCACAGUCCCCAAGAGUGAGAAGUACCUGGCGUGGCAGCAAGAACUUACCAGUAAUCGAGCCAUACAUGGGAGGAGGCGAACACAUAUGCAGCAACCAAAACGUCAAGAGUUAGAGACUGAGAAGGACGCUUGUAGACAAGACUUUCAAGAAGAUGAGACUUUUGACUUGAUGAGAAGGUCACUAGAAUCUGGCCAGGCUUUGUUGAAAGGUGGACUCAAGAGCUGCAGUGACAUUGAGAGACCUGUUAUGGGUGUAAAGACAACCACGACCCAGCGUAUAAAAGUGAAACAGGCUUAUAGUGUGGGUGCUGAGAACCGAAGGAUGUACAGCCAUACGGAGGAAGUUGUUGGGAGGAAACAAUAUGAGAGUGGAGGAGCAUGCUUACGGCGUGACCAAGGGAAUGAAUGGAAGAUGGGUGAUACGCCAAGGCCCCAGCAGGGCCAGCCGAUGGCCACAAGAAAUUCUCAUCAUCAGGAGUGUGUUGAUCUGGACAUUGACUAUGCUGUUCCCCGGAGGCAGCAAUUACCUUAUCACUCUGGACGUGUUUCAGACUCACAGCAGCAUGUCCAACAAGAUAGUCAAAGAGAGCGAAAGCAGUCUUAUAGAUCCACCCCACCAAUUGACAUGGAGAUGAAGAAGGGAGAUGAGGAGAAGGACCGUCCAAAAGAGAGGGAGAGGGAGAGAAGGAAACAAAUAGAUGAAAAGAAGGCACUCGAUCACCAGGUGGAUGGACGACUUCACCCAGAAGCGGCAGAUGAAGACGAGCCAGAGGUUGAAAAGAAAGCGGGGGAGAAUACACGGCAAUUGCGGGAAAGAGUCAUCAAAGAUGGACGAAAACAGUUACGCACAUCUGCAAGUGCGGUCACAGAGCUCAAAGAAACCAGAUACAGGACACGCUACUGCGACUCUCAACAACUGAAGGCUAAUGGGCGUGGAGUGGGAGGGGGUGCUUCUGCCGCUGGCACAGGAAGUGCUGGGGUUGGGUCCAGCAGUGCGGCUGCAGGAGCAGCGGGGGGUCUAAGCCAGGGAGGUCACAUGGCUGCGGAGAUGGAGGCGGACACACUCUUUGUGAAUGUCGCAAAGCGAUCGCGAAGAGUUGCAGAGAGAAAUGCGCGAGAGAAAGAGCCAUCACCGCCACUGAAAAAGAUGCCCAAGCUGUGUGUGGUUCUUUCCCGGCAAGACAUCCAGGAAGACUUCUUAAAAAUCACAGGGAGACGAUAUUUUGGCAAGCCUAAGAAAUCCACACUCGCUGCACGGGGAUUGGCACUCUGUUCCUCUCUUUGCUGAAAAGCUGCUUGGGUUUGAGAACCCACAUUU